AUGCAACCACAAAGUCCAUGCUCCUCCCUCCAUGUGCGCCCCAUCGUCUUGGGGUUCGCCAAAAUCCUAUUCCUCUCCCUCGGGCAGGUACCUAUCGUGCGAGCUGCGCCGGCCUAUGCCGCCAAACUAUUCUCCUCCGCCGACGAACCAGAAGGGAAAGAUCCGGAUGAUCCAGGGCUAUGGAUAUACUUGACUGUUGCGGCAGUUCUUGUUCUGUUGGGAGGAGCUUUUGCCGGACUGACUAUUGCGUUGAUGGGACAGGAUGAGAUAUACCUUCAAGUCAUCAAGGAUUCUGGCGAAGGCAAAGAGAGGGCCCAUGCUGCCAAAGUGCUUAAGUUGCUCCGGAAAGGGAAGCAUUGGGUUCUCGUUACGUUGUUGUUGAGCAACGUAAUUACCAAUGAAACUCUCCCCAUUGUGCUCGAUCGGUCGCUAGGCGGUGGAUGGCCCGCCGUCUUGGGAUCGACCGUCUUGAUCGUCAUAUUUGGCGAGAUAGCUCCCCAGUCCGUUUGUGUCCGCUAUGGCCUCCCCAUCGGCUCUUGGAUGGCGCCAUUUGUCUUGAUCCUCAUGUACAUCUUGGCUCCUGUGGCGUGGCCAACCGCGAAGCUACUCGACUAUCUCCUUGGAGAGGAUCAUGGAACAACAUACAAAAAAGCGGGCCUGAAAACUUUGGUAUCGUUGCACAGGAAUCUUGGGGAGGCUGGUCAACAGCUCAAUGCCGAUGAAGUGACGAUAAUCAGUGCAGUUCUUGACCUCAAGGACAAGCCUGUGGGCAGCAUCAUGACUCCAAUGGAAGAUGUAUUCACCCUGUCUCUCGAUGACGUUCUAGACGAAUCCACCAUGGACGACAUUCUGUCCCAGGGCUAUUCGAGAAUACCCAUCCACCACCCAGACAACGACUCCAACUUUGUGGGCAUGUUGCUAGUCAAAAUGCUCAUCACGUAUGACCCAGAAGACGCAAAGCCUGUCCGAGAUUUCGCUCUGGCCACACUCCCCGAGACUCGACCUGACACUAGUUGCCUUGACAUUGUAAAUUUCUUCCAAGAAGGCAAAUCCCACAUGGUCCUUGUAUCAGAGUAUCCUGGGGAAGAUCACGGCGCCCUGGGUGUUGUCACCUUGGAGGACGUUAUCGAGGAGCUGAUUGGCGAAGAGAUUGUGGAUGAAUCUGACGUGUUUGUCGAUGUGCACAAAGCGAUUCGACGAGCCAUGCCUGCACCAACGAGGCGUAUCCCAAAGACGUACAUCCUUCCUGACGAACCCUCGACAAUCACUGGCACUGCCCCUGACUUGGUCAACAUUGAUGAAAGUGAAAUACUCUCGCCCGAGGACUUGCAGAGGGCCAAAACUGCAGACACUCUCCCGCAGAAGGCGAAGGGGCCGGGAGGCGCUAGAAGACGCUCGAGUGCAGGAAACAGUGUUGGCGACAGCAAGGCUGGCCGAAGAGCCGCAAGCACGGAUGAACUCAAGGAGCAUCUGAAGCACUUAGGGCCCUCCAACCUGGCGAGCAGGCCGAGGUCCACGCGGUAUAACACAGUGAAAAUCAAACCCGGCAACAGCACGGCGCCCAAGGAGGGUGAGAACCGAGCGACUCCGGCCCGGCGGAUCUCUGAAAAUAUUACUGAAUAUCAAACUGGUAUUGGUGAGGGCAUGCUCAGCUCAGGUGGUAAAGUUGCUUCCCGAGGCGUACAGGCUUUGAAGCAGGAAUAUGGCUCUCUUUCCUGUUCGCCCAAUGAAAGGAGGCCACACAGUGCAGUAAAGUCAUCGCAAACAGAUUCAGUCCAUGAACAGGAGUCCAACCAUCUUGGCACCGAAGCCAAAGAUAUACAGCAAGCUCGACCCCCCGCACAGACACUUGAAAGCCAGAGCACCAUUGGCAGCUUGCCGGAAUCUCGAACUCAGUCGAGGAGCCCCUAUUACCAUUCCAAGGGUCCAGCCCGAAGUGGUAGUAUCACAGAAAACAUUGUCGACACUAACGGCUUCCGAAAAGUCGUGCUUGAGAUGACGUCAAGUAGCGAGUCAAACGAGGAAGAAGAGAAUUCGGGGGCCAACAAAGGACAUCACGCGUACGGUGAACGCAAGAAUCCAUCGGCAGCGAAACUACGAGGCAGCAACCAUGAACAUCUCCCUGACUCCCAUGAUGGUGACUCCAAGAAGAAAAAGCGCCAGAGAAGGAAACAAGGCCACGGCAACGGAAAGGGGGAACGUGAACCACUGUUGGGCGACUAG